CUACUCCAUGGAUUUAUUUCUAUUUUCAAUUUAGUUAGUACUCGCCAGUUGUCGAAGACGCACGCGUACGUAUCAAGCAAAUAAGACUUGGGCUUUGACGUGUGUCACUUAUUAGAAGCAGCAACAUCAACAGCAAUAAAAUGCCAGCACUCGAAGUAAAUCCUGAUUUGCAAAAAGAACGCAAUACUGCAACCUUUGACCCCCAUGAGUUUUCCGUCUAUUGGGCUGGUGGCGAAGAAAGAUACAAAGAGAAGAAGGCCUUGGAAAAGCUUUUUCUGGAGGAUCCGGCCUUGAAGGAUGAUCUGCCCACAUCUUACAUGUCGCACAAGGAGCUUUACGAGAACAGUCUGCGGAAGGCUUGCCUCAUUGGCGAGAAGAUACGCAAAUUGCGUGCCGACGGCGAGGAUGGCGUGGACACCUACAAUGCUUUGCUGGGAGGAUCUCUGGGCGCCGCCUUGCUCAAGGAGGGCAAUCCUCUCUCGCUGCACUACGUGAUGUUUGUACCAACGAUUAUGGGUCAGGGUACCAUGGAUCAGCAGGUGGAGUGGCUGCCCAAGGCUUGGGAUUGCGAGAUUAUUGGCACCUAUGCCCAAACCGAGCUAGGACAUGGUACCUUCCUGCGUGGUCUGGAGACACGUGCCGAUUACGAUGCCAGCACACAGGAGUUUGUGAUCAACACACCCACGCGUAGCGCCUACAAAUGGUGGCCAGGAGGCUUGGGACAUACCGCAAAUCAUGCUGUAGUUGUAGCACAACUAUACACUAAGGGAGAAUUCAGAGGAUUGGCGCCGUUCAUUGUUCAGCUGCGUGACUUGGAGACUCAUCAACCAAUGAAAGGCAUUGACAUUGGCGACAUUGGCACCAAGCUCGGCAUGAAGGGCGUCAAUAAUGGCUAUCUGGGACUAAAGAAUGUGCGUGUGCCACUGAACAAUAUGCUGAUGAAGAAUCAGCAGGUGCUGCCCGAUGGCACCUACGUGGCACCUAAGAACAGUGUGCUUACCUAUGGCACAAUGAUGUUUGUACGCUGUGCGCUUAUUCGUGACACUGCCUACAGUUUGUCCAAGGCCUCGACAAUUGCCACACGUUAUUCGGCGGUUCGUCGCCAGAGUCCCAUUGAUCCCAGUCAGCCGGAACCACAGAUUAUGGAUCACACUACACAGCAGCUGAAGUUAUUCCCGCAAAUCGCCAAGGCUAUUGUGUUUAAGACGACGGGAGAUGGCAUCUGGAGCAUGUACAAUGUGCUCUCUGGCGAAAUCGAGUUAGGUAAUCUGGAUCGUUUGCCAGAGAUGCAUGCGUUGUCAUGUUGCCUGAAAGCCAUUUGCAGUGCCGACGCUACAGCUGGUGUGGAGACGUGCCGUCUAUCCUGCGGCGGCCAUGGCUACAUGGAUUGCUCCAACUUCCCAACCAUCUACGGCAUGACAACUGCCGUGUGCACCUACGAGGGAGAGAACACGGUUAUGCUGCUCCAAACGGCACGCUAUCUGGUCAAGGUUUAUGGCCAGGCUCUGAAUGGGGAACAGCUGGUGCCAACAGUGGCUUACAUUAACGAGGCAAUCAAGCUGCAGGAAUUCGUUAAUUUCGACGGUUCCUUGGAAUCGAUUGUCAAAGCAUUCCAAUUCGUGGCUGCCAACAAAGUGCGUGUGGCUUACGAACAGAUCGAAGUGCGUCGCAAACAAGGACAUGGUGUCGAAGUGUCGGCUAAUCUAAGUGGACCCCUCUUAACGUCAGCUGCAGAUCUGCAUGGUCGCGCCUUCUUGGCCCAAUCCGCAUACACAGAGCUGACGCAGGUUGCCAAACAUGUGUCCCCCGCCUUGGCUGAUGUGCUCAAGGUUGUGCUGGAACUCUAUCUAGUCGAUGCCUGCCUCAAUCGUAUUGGAGACUUCUUACGUUUCAUUAACCUAACUGAUAAGGAUGUGACCAAUUUGGAGACGCGACUAGAGAGCUGUUUGAAUCGUUUGCGUCCAAAUGCCGUGGCACUCGUCGACAGUUUCGAUCUGCAUGAUCGCGUUUUGGACUCGGCUCUUGGUGCCUACGAUGGCAAUGUCUAUGAGCGCAUCUUUGAAUCGACCAAGAAGAAUCCGUUGAACAAGGAGCCGGUGAACGCUGCAUUCCACAAAUACCUUAAACCUUUCAUGAAGGCCAAUUUGUAAUUGGUAUUAGCAAAUUCUUUUCAAUUGAGUGCUAUUCUGUUAAAUAAUUAUUGCCUGUUAUCGUCUGUAUAUACUUAUCAUAAAACCUUGUUCGUUAAUUUUUAUACUACAUA